UUCCAUUAAUUUAUUCACUUCCACAUAUCACCUUCCCCUGCAACAAUACCUUAAACUACUUGUCAGCCGUCAUAUUGCUUGCAUGCACAUGUGAAGGAUGGCUCUUCUUCGGUCAAUUUUCUUCUUUUCCGUGUCAAUUAUUUCUCUAACCUAUCCUCUGAACGCCAUCAGUAUUAACCAGUCGCAGUUCUUCAAUCUUAUGAAAACUUCUUUAUCAGGAAAUGCUUUGUCCAAUUGGGAUGUCGCUGUAGGGAAACCUUACUGCAAUCUCAAAGGAGUCGAGUGCAAUCAUCAAGGGUACGUUGAAAGAAUCGACAUAACUGGAUGGUCAAUAUCUGGCCGUUUUCCGUCUGGUAUAUGCUCUUACUUGCCAAGGUUGCGUAUUCUCCGUCUCAGCCACAACCAUCUCCAUGGUGAUUUCCUUCAUAGCAUCAUCAACUGCUCUCUCUUGGAAGAGCUGAAUAUGAGUUUUUUGUAUCUCAUUGGAACACUUCCUGAUUUCUCGCAAUUGAAAUCUCUUCGAGUACUUGACAUGUCAUACAAUCUCUUCAAAGGCGACUUUCCAAUGUCAGUGACUAAUCUAACCGAUCUUGAGAUGCUCAACAUCAAUGAAAACGUGGAACUCAACAUGUGGCAACUGCCGGAGAACAUUUCCAGGCUGCCAAAGAUUAAAUAUUUGAUAUUGGCGACAUGCAUGUUGUAUGGUCCAAUCCCAGCAUCAUUAGGAAACAUGACAUCCCUUGUUCAUCUUGCCUUAAGUGGGAAUUACCUCAUGGGACAAAUUCCUGCAGAAAUUGGAUCAUUGAAAAACUUGCAACUACUUGAGCUCUACUAUAAUUAUCACCUUUCUGGCAGUAUACCUGACGAACUUGGAAAUUUGACAGAGCUGGUAGAUUUGGACAUCUCAGUCAAUAAGUUGACCGGAAACAUUCCAGAAUCUAUAUGUCGCCUUACCAAGCUCGAAGUCCUGCAGCUUUACAACAGCAGUCUCACGGGAGAAAUCCCAAAUGCCAUUGCCAACUCAACAACUUUGCGCAUUUUAUCAAUUUAUGACAACUCUUUUACAGGAGAAGUUCCACAAAACUUGGGGCAGCAGUCAGCUAUGAUUGUCCUAGAGUUGUCAGAGAAUCGCCUAUCAGGCCCAUUACCUGCACGAGUUUGCAACGGAGGUAAAUUGCGGUACUUUCUUGCGUUGGAUAAUAUAUUUUCUGGAGUGCUACCCGAUAGUUAUGCAAAAUGCAACACCCUUCUACGGUUUCGUGUCAGUCAUAACCGUUUGGAGGGCCCAAUACCAGGAGGACUUCUAGGUCUUCCCCAUGUUUCAAUCAUUGAUUUGAGUUACAAUAAUUUUAGAGGUACAAUUGCUACUUCUUUUGGAACUGCUAGAAACUUGUCUGAAUUGUUCUUGCAAAGCAAUAAGAUUUCAGGACGUCUACCUCCUGAAAUUUCUGGGGCUAUCAAUCUAGUGAAGCUUGAUGUGAGCAAUAAUCUCCUAUCUGGCCCGGUACCCUUUCAAAUAGGCUUUCUGGCGAAGCUGAAUUUGAUAAUGCUGCAAGGCAACAUGCUAAAUUCUUCCAUCCCCAAUUCACUUUCUAUGUUGAAAUCUCUCAUUGUUCUUGAUCUCUCCAACAACAUGUUGACUGGAAAUGUUCCAAAGAGUCUCAGUGUUUUGUUACCAUAUUCUUUCAACUUUUCAAACAAUCGUCUUUCUGGUCCAAUUCCCCCAUCUCUGAUAAAAGGUAGGCGGUUGGAUAGCCUUUUAGGCAACCCAGGCCUUUGUGUUCCAGUCUCUGUAUCAUCAUAUCAAAAUUUCCCCAUAUGCUCACAGACUUACUACCACAAAAAGAGACUAUAUCUUAUUUUGGUUAUCGGAAUUCCAUUAGUUAUCAUUAUUCUUGGGGCACUCUUGUUUGUAAUACUUAAACACAGUAAAGAAAGAUUCACGGAACAUGAUGAGACCGUGUCUUCGUCACUCAUUUCAUACGAUGUAAAGAGCUUCCAUAAAACAUGUUUUGACCAACAAGAGAUCAUCGAAGGAAUUAUUGAUGAUAACAUUGUGGGCCGUGGAGGGUCUGGGGCAGUGUACAGAAUUGAACUGAGAAGCAGAGAGGUUGUUGCAGUGAAGAAGCUGUGGAAUAAGAGGGAAUAUUCUGCUUCAGAGAAUAGGUUGCUUUUGGACAAGGAAUUGGGGGCUGAAGCUGAGACUUUGGGAUUAAUAAGGCACAGGAAUAUAGUCAAAUUGUAUUGUAUCUUCUCUAGUCCGAUGAGCAGCAUGAUAGUUUAUGAGUAUAUGCCUAACGGAAGCCUUUGGGAUGCCCUUCACACGCAGAGUGGUAGGAUCGAUCUAAAUUGGCCAACCCGUUACAGAAUAGCACUUGGGGUGGCACAAGGCUUGGCCUAUCUCCACCACGGUCUAUCGCAACCUAUUGUCCACAGAGACAUUAAGUCAGCCAACAUCUUAUUAGAUGAUGAGUGUGAGCCCAAGGUUGCAGACUUUGGCUUAGCCAAGGUUUUGCAAUAUGGAGGAAGGAAAGAUUCCACCACAACUAUUGUUGCGGGGACCUUUGGUUACUUGGACCCAGAGUAUGCAUAUUCUUCCAAAGCAACUACAAAAAGUGAUGUAUAUAGUUUCGGAGUAGCAUUGAUGGAACUGGUAACUGGGAGGAAGCCCGUAGAGGAAGACUUUGGAGAGGGUAACAAUAUCAUUGACUGGGUUGGAACGAAACUGAACAACGAUGAAGGAAUUAUAGAGGCGUUGGGCGUGAGAUUACCAGCGUCUUUCAGGGAUGACAUAGUUCAGGUUCUUAGGAUUGCUGCUCGCUGUACCCUUAAAAACCCAGCCCUUCGCCCAACCAUGAAACUAGUUGUGAAGAUGCUAAAUAAGUUAGAACCUUGCACAGCGUAAUUUUCAAGUCAUCAAGUAAUAAGAGAUCAAAUGUCACUAAGAAAACCAGCCCAACGAAUUAUUGUUUCAUAUAAUCCUAUGUGGCAUUGGAAUGUAAUAAAAU